UGUCACAAAAUGGCGACCACCAUGCGCCUGUGCAAUGGCCUUUCUCUACGCAGUUCGUAGCUAUGUCGAUCUGAUGGAAAUUUCCACUCGUAACAGUUUCUAGAUUAUAAGUAAUAUAUUAGUUUCUAGUUGGACUAUUUUUGCGUUUGAGUAACAUUGCCAAACGGAGUUAGAGCAAAGAUAGAGUUGUCAGGAGUACUGUGUGGUUUGUUUUGGAGUUAUCUUUCUUUACCCGUGUUGUUGUCUAUUUUGGGAGUUUAUCAACUUUUGAAGCGAUUCGUUUUCGUUGAUAUGGAGUUCCACGGCGGUGGGUCUGCUGGGAUCGUGGUCAGUGGGAAUAACGUUCCUGCAUUUCUCACGAAACUUUGGACUCUUGUAGAGGAUCCGGACACUGAUCCUCUGAUCUGCUGGAGCCCAAAUGGCAACAGCUUCCAUGUGUUUGAUCAGGGCCGAUUCUCCAAGGAGGUGCUUCCCAAGUAUUUUAAACACAAUAACAUGGCCAGCUUUGUGCGCCAGCUCAAUAUGUAUGGGUUCCGCAAAGUGGUCCACAUUGAGCAAGGAGGCCUGGUUAAGCCAGAGAAAGAUGACACAGAAUUCCAGCAUCCCUACUUCAUCCGGGGACAGGAGCAUCUGCUAGAGAAUAUCAAGCGGAAAGUUACCAAUGUGUCGAAUGUUAAACAUGAGGAGCUCAAGAUGAGCUCCGAUGAUGUCUCCAAAAUUCUGACAAACGUGCAGCACAUAAAGGGGAAGCAGGAGACCAUUGACUCCAAGAUCAUCGCCAUGAAGCACGAGAACGAAGCUCUGUGGAGAGAGGUGGCCAGCCUCCGGCAGAAACACGCCCAGCAACAGAAAGUUGUGAACAAGCUGAUCCAGUUCCUUGUCACCCUGGUUCAAUCCAACAGAGUCUUGGGCAUGAAAAGAAAAAUUCCCCUGAUGCUAGGCGACAGCAGCUCCGCCCACUCCAUGCCCAAAUAUAGCCGGCAGUACUCUCUGGAACACCUUCAGGCCUCGCUGCAGGCCUCGCCCGCUAUCUCUGCCUCCAGCACGCCAUUCCCCAACACUGCUGUCUACACAUCAGAGUCGUCUCUUAAGAACGGUCCCAUUAUCUCUGACGUCACCGACUUGGCACAGACCAGCCCUGUGGAUGUCACCAAUGAGUGGAUAGAGGAAAGGACGAGUCCCUUGGUCCACAUAAAGGAGGAACCGUCCAGUCCUGAGUUGGAUGAAGUGUGCGCGGCCGAGGUCGUGGUAGGGGGGGCGGGGGACCAGGUGGACACGCCCCUGUCCCCCACCACCUUCAUUAACUCCAUCCUGCAGGAGAACAACGAGCCUGCCGCGUCCCCCGCCCCACCCACAAACCCUGCAGACCGGAAGUGUCUCAGCAUCGCCUGCCUAGACAAUUCUCCACAGAUGUCUGAGGUCUCUCGCCUCUUCCCCAGCCCCUCUUCCUCAUCUCUACAGCUCAGACCUCACCCAGGGAAUGAACUGAGUGACCAUUUGGAAAGCAUCGACAAUGGCCUGGAAAACCUCCAGACAAUCCUAAAUGCGCAGUCCAUAAACUUCGAAUCCUCCCCGCUUUUUGAAUUCUUCUCUUCUUCCACGCCUGGUUCUGAUUUUGACCUGGAGAGUCUUGACAGUAUCCAGGAUUUGCUUUCAUCAGAUCCACCCAAAGGGGCAGAGAAAAAUGAAAGCUACACAGCCGGGAAGCAGCUGGUGCAGUACACCUCUCAGCCAAUGCUACUGACCGACCCAUUUAACAAUGAGAACACUCUUUUGGAGUUGGAGGGGGACUCAUAUUUCAGCCAGGACCCUGAAGAGGACCCUAACAUCUCGCUCCUCGCCACUGACUACCAGGCAGCAACACCAGACGAGCCCAAACAGUCCUAAAGAUAUUUUUAUAAAGGGAUCUACCGUUGUUUUUUUGUUUUGUUAUUAUGUCCAUGUGCGGAGGAUGAUAAACCUGGUGAAUAGUCAAAUGAUGGUAUUCACUUACUCUUUAUUGGCUAUUGAGCUUCAUCUGUUUCAAUGCUUGAACUACCUAGUGAAAUAAUAACUUAGCUUCAGGUUAAUCUAAUCAAAUGUUCGACUUUUGCUGUUGGCAUGGUUUGUGCAUCUCCUGAAAUGGUUUAAUUAUUUUUACUGGUGGACAUAAAUUAAUCAGAUGAUUUUCCUUAAAUGCUGAAUCAUAUAUCAUUACUAGGUUACGUUUUAACGCGUUGUUCACCCAGCACCUUUUUAGUUUUUAACGUUGUAUGUACACAGAUUUAUUUUUGUUGUUUCGAGGGGGUCUGUAAAUGGCACGGCAUACAUGGCUGGUUGGUGUGCAGUACUUCCCUGGAGCCUUUCACAUCUGCCCUGUUCUAGAUUCUAGUUCCACAAGAUGUGGCUUGACUGUUUAUGGAGAAAACGGAAAAAAAACAUUUUAAUACUUUUUUUGGGGAGGGAUAAUUGCGCUUUCGCCUGUUGAUGUAAGUGUAGUACCUUCAAAGUACUUCAUCAUAAUUUUUGAGUGUUUGAAUCUCUACGCUGCCCCCAAAAUCUUGUUUUAUUCACUUUAGAUCCAGAAAGUGUUUUCUUUUACAUUUUCUCUCCUGUGUAAAGCAUAAUACAAUGCUGUUGGUAUUUCAUCACCUGAUAGUUAUUGAAGUUUUAAUUUGUAUAUAGAUUUAUGUACCAUUUUAUUACUUGCCAUCCAAAACGCCAACUCAAAAAUCAUAUUUAUUUUUGAAGUAAUCUAAUGAAUUGUGUUUUGAGUGGCAAUUAAUUAAACAAUUUUGAAAACCAGAUAACCCACUGUCAAUAAAAUAUUUAAUGGCAGAAUGUUUUCCAGUGGGUAACCCAUCCGCCUUCGUUCACUGUAAGCGUUCACGUCUUGAAAUCAAAUCACACUGGCUUCAGACCGAUCCUUUGUACGAAUGUGUGAAAGCGUUCUGACACCUUUUAACAUUCUUUUUGCAUAUGAUGACUUUUUAAAUAUUAGCCAUGUUUUUUUUCCUUCUAUGCCAGUCCAAACAUCCUGUUAUGUGGAUUGCUUUUUUGGGAAGGAGUUUAUAGUGCAGUUGCUAAUAUCCUCGCUCAGUUUAUUAUAAGUUGUAUGCUCCUCGUUUCUGAUCUGGCUGUCACUCGAGCAUUCUUAUUUCCUAGUCAAAAGCUUUUUGGGAAAAAAGUGUACCAUUGAAUCUUGGUUAAUGUGUGAGGAAUUGUGACAUUGUAUGCAUACUGCCCCCCAGAGGGUGUUUUGAGUUUGUUCAAACUGUUAAUCCUUUUUUUAAAGUAACUCAUUGAGGAGAUGGGAGAUGUAUUGGAGUGUAUUGAUGUGCUGAAUAGUACAUUGUUUAGUACUUUUACCAAUUUCAACAUUACAUAAUGUCACAGCCUGAGAAACGCUAAUUACGCAUGAGAACAAUAUUUUGUGUAUCUUAUGUUUAAAAUAAAGGUUGUUUUGAAAUAAAUGUAUUAUUCACAGUA